CAACAACAACACACCAAAGCGACCAUCACCACCACCACCGCAACAACAACUUACCACCUCAGUAUUCUCAUCGUUUUCUUUUAUAAUACCCGUUCGUCCCUAUUGCUCUUCCGUUUAAUUCUAAAUUUCUUUCACACUCCCGAUAAACCAAAUAUGAGUUGGCAAGCAUAUGUUGACUCGACCCUCUUGGGUUCUGGGAAAGUUAAUGCAGCCGCUAUCUUCAGCGCUGCAGGAGACAGUGUGUGGGCUACUUCCGCCGGUUUUGCGGUCAUGCCAGAAGAGAUCAAACUACUCGCCACAGCAUUCGGGGAUGGCAGCAAGGUGCCUGAACUCCCCAGUCCAGGAUUUCACAUUGGGGGGGUAAAGUACAUCACCAUCAAGUGUGAAGAAAAAAAAAUCUACGGAAAACAGGGAAAAACUGGCAUCGUUUGUGCUAGAACAACACAAGCCAUCCUCGUUGCUUACUACGGCGAGGAUAUCCAACCCGGACAGGCAGCGAGCACAGUUGAAGCCCUCGCCGAAUACCUACGCGGGGUGGGGUACUGAAUAUCAUACCGGGUUUUGUUUACGUGGAUCAUGGAAAGUCGGCGGGGUGUGGAGGGGAAGAAGGGGUUGCUCUCUUGCAACUAAAUCGAGGAUAGUGGAGCUCUGCUUCCAAAUUAUCUGAAAACUAUUUCUUAG